GAUCGGAUGGAUUCAAAUUAAUAAAUAAAAAAGAAAAAUACAACUAUGUGAAGAGGUGAACUGCGAUUUUUUACAGUAAUGAAGAAUCCAACUGCGAAAACUCUAUUAAUCUAUACUGUACUCAUAAAUCUCCAUAGCUUACAAAAUCCCCAAACUUCUUCUCUCUGUAAAUUGUAAUGGAGGAAAGCAGGGAAGUAGUUCUAAUAACCGGCUGCUCAAAUGGCGGUAUAGGUCAUGAGUUGGCUCGAGCUUUUGCUGUCAAGAAUUGCCUUGUUGUCGCCACAGCUCGAUCCUUGACAUCCAUGUCCGAUUUCCAAAAUGACCCACGAUUCUUUCUUCAACAACUCGAUGUUUUAUCUGAACAAAGUGUGACUCAUGUACUCACCAAUGUUCUUGACAAAUUUGGGCGUAUUGAUGUUCUUGUUAAUAACGCUGGUGUACAGUGUGUUGGCCCUCUUGCUGAACUCCCUUUAUCUGAAAUUCAACAUACCUUCAAUACUAAUGUCUUUGGUCCCAUAAGGUUAAUUCAAUCUGUUGUUCCGCACAUGGCAUCCAGGAAAAAAGGGAAAAUUGUCAAUGUGGGAAGUUGUAGUGCUUUGGCUCCAGGACCGUGGUCUGGUGCUUAUAGUGCAUCCAAAGCUGCUGUACAUUCAUUUACUGAUACCUUGAGACUGGAACUUAGGCCAUUUGGCAUUGAUGUCAUCACUGUUGUCCCUGGAGCUGUGACUUCCCACAUUGGAGACACUGCCAUUGCCAAUUACAGUAAAAUGCCAGAGUGGAAGUUGUACAAGAAAUUUGAAGAACCAAUCCGGGCACGAGCACAUUUCUCACAAGGCCCAAAAUCAACUCCUGCAGAAGAAUUUGCAAAGAGGACUGUGAACGCUGUGCUGAAGGAGAAACCUCCAGCUUGGUUUUCUAUUGGCCAUUUGUCUACUAUUGCAGCAAUCAUGUACCACCUUCCACUUUUUAUCAGAGACUUCAUUGUCAGGAAAGGGAUGAAGUGUUGAUACUGCGUUCUUAGAUUUGUAUCGUCAUUUUAACUUCUCAGUCAGGUGUGGUUUCUGUCCCUUGAUAAGCAAAUAAUUGUCUUGGUUCUCCGUUAGAUAAAGAUUUACAUCGAUGAAAUACAGAGUGUUCUCACAGGAUUGUGAAAGAAAUGAAAGAUAACGUGGAAUUGUCUGA